AUGGCUCGCUACCCGCAAUCGCAGCUUGACGAAGACGCUGCUCGCGAUCUUAGUCCCACAUCCUCCAACUCAUCCUCAGAAAAGGAGAACCGUCGGCAGAGACCUCGCAAGCGCCCUCCUGUCCCAAUGUCAGCAGCGCGGGGCCAACCAAAGCGUCGCCGCUUGGUUGAUCGCACAACAAAUAUUCAGUCACAGCCCGCUUCGCAGCGGAAAGACCGACGGUUCUACGAUCCUGAUCAGCCUGAGGAAGAACGACGACAUGUUCGGAAGAUUUAUCGGGACCUUACCACCGACUUCAAUGACUCCCGAAGCGAAUACCUACAACCGGGGAACAACGGUAUCUUCAAGACGCUGGAAACAGCGAACGGUCUCUUCGCCAAGGUCAAACAGACCUCUGAUGCCACGAUUGACUCCCGUCUUCUCGUUAGUGCCGCCGAUCUGACACAUAAAAAGACCGCGCAACUUGCACUUGGAGACGCCUCUGCUGGCAUAGACGUGGAUGAAUUUGUUUCGAAAUGUAUCUCGUAUAUGCGCCGCGGGCCUGAUCUGAGUGACGGCAACACGCAACGCCGCCAGCGAGUCCGCCAAACGCAAAGAGAUCCGAAUGACAGCGAUGACGGGGACACGGGUGAUGCCAUGAACUGGGACUGGCUUGGUCGGAUGGCUUGUUCUCACACCAAUUCGCGACCGGCCGUUUCGGGUUUCUUGCUUGGCCCGUUGUCAGUCCAGAAGCGUGUUCGUCAAAUGACCCAGCGAACAGGACGCGAACGCCCUGAAGAUACUCAAAUUGUUCAGCCCGCUGAACUUAGACAAGAUGAAUUGGGUCAGCAAGAUGACUCAAACUUGACAUUGAUGUGUGCGCGAAUCAACGAGACUCUCAACAGAACGAUUGAGGAGACGGAAGACAAGGUCAAUCGUAUUCUGAGCGCCGAAGAAGCUCCCACCAUGGAACGUAUCCAAGAAGUGAUGUUCAGACACCAUACGUCCCCAAGUGGAGGCAUCUGUUUGUUCAACUUUUGCAUCAAUCCUCGUUCGUUUGGGCAGAGUGUAGAGAACUUGUUCUACGUCAGUUUCCUGGUGCGAGAUGGCUACGCUGGACUGAAGAUGUCUGAUUAUGGAACUCCCGCUCUGCAAUACGCUACGCCCUACCCUCCCCACGAGGCUCAGGCUAAAAAGAUUCAGAAGCAUCAGGCGAUUUUCAGCCUGGAUUUUGAUAGCUGGGCCGAGAUUGUACGGGAGUUUGGCAUCAAGAAAAGCAUCAUACCCCAUCGCGAAGAGAAAGAAGAAGGAAAUAGUCAGACUUGGUACGGAUAG